AAAGAAAGCCUGGACCUUUUGAGAUCUGAAGGGAACUCACUUAGCUCAUCAUAUUUCCGUCCGAAACUCUCUUUCCUCCAUCAGCACCAUGAGUCUGGAGUUUGAACUGUGCCCCAAAAGAAUGAUCGGGGGCUCGCAUCCAUGCUUCAUCAUUGCUGAAAUUGGACAAAACCACCAGGGCGAUAUUAAUAUUGCCAAGAAAAUGAUCAAGAUGGCAAAGGACUGUGGUGCAGAUUGUGCCAAAUUCCAGAAAAGUGAAUUAGAGUACAAGUUCAGCAAGCCGGCUCUGGAGCGGCUUUACACCUCCAAGCACUCCUGGGGGAGAACAUACGGGGAGCACAAGCGUCACUUGGAGUUCAGCCACGAUCAGUACCGGGAGCUGAAGCAGUACGCCUCAGAGGUGGGGAUUUUCCUCACCGCCUCCGGCAUGGACGAGAAAGCUGUGGAGUUCCUUGAUGAACUGGAUGUGCCUUUCUUCAAAGUUGCCUCCUGCGAUGCCAACAACUUCCCCUAUCUGGAGAAAACGGCACAAAAAGGCCGUCCCAUGGUGGUGUCCACCGGGAUGCAGUCCAUGGACACGGUGCGCCGGGUGUACUCCACUGUGAAGAAGUACAACCCAAAGUUCACCCUCCUGCAGUGCACGAGCACGUACCCGCUGGACCCCGCAGAUGUCCACCUCAGCGUGAUCAAGAAUUACCAAAAAGAAUUCCCAGAUAUCCCUAUUGGAUAUUCUGGACAUGAACAGGGGCUCUACAUCACUGUGGCUGCUGUAGCCAUGGGAGCCAAAGUGGUGGAGCGCCAUGUGACGCUGGAUAAGACCUGGAAGGGAAACGACCACGAGGCUUCCCUGGAACCAACCGAGCUGGCAGAGCUGGUCAAAGCAAUCCGACUGGUCGAGUUGGCAAUGGGAUCUCCUGCCAAGAUGAUGUUACCAAGCGAAAAAGGCUGCCACGACAAGUUGGGAAAGUCAGUGGUGGCGAAUAAGAAGAUCGCCAAAGACACCGUACUGAGCCUGGACAUGUUUGCAGUGAAAGUUGGCGAACCAAAGGGCAUCGCUCCAGAGAAUAUGAAUCAGCUUGUGGGGAAGAAGAUCAAAGUGGAUGUUGAGUAUGAUGACAGCAUCUUGGAGAACAUGAUUGAAUAAGGGUCCUCCACAAAAGCUGCCAGAGAGAAGCUAGUGGAUGAGAUGAUGUCAGAUUUAACAAUGGUGAUAUGAUCUGAGGGAGGAAAUGUUUUAUUUUUUAUUUUUUUCUGUAGUGAUUGGAAGCAAAAAGAGAAAAAAAAAAUUAAAGCAAAAUAAGGCACAAAUUAUGGGGAGAAAAUAGGAGAGCGAAAAAAAAUGAAACAGGAAAUGUGAAAAGUUUAUGUGCAAAGACACCAUAAUGAUCGCUUUUUAGGCUUUGUUUACAUGAAAUGUAAAUACAGCCUUCCUCCAUGUGUGCUUUGUUGAUUAUGUAAACUUGAAAACAAAAUGUGCUUUCACUGUUAAGUGGAGCAAAUGGUUGAACUGUGGUAUGAUGGCAGUAAUGCACAUGUAUGCAAAUAGUUCGUGAGUGGCAGCUGUGUUUGCUUUCUUACUAUAAAGGGCAAUUGUUUGACCCUACCUUACGCCCCUGCAAUAAUGACUGUGCAGUGGGGUUAUAUAUGUCAACUAAUUAUGCUAUUUAUAUACAACUGCUUUUGUGGGGAAUGUAAUUGUCAAAUGAUUUAUUAAGUUUUAAAUAAAAGAGGUCUA